GAACUCAGUUUUUCCGACCAACUUCACCCCUUAGAAAUUGAUUCGAAAUUGCAACCGGCAAUAAUGAUGUGGCGGUCCUUCUUCGCACAUGCUCAUCUUAUGCGUGUUCCUGCUACCAGUUUCUCAAAGAUAUUGAUUCAGACAAUCCACAUCGUUUCAAGCUCCGUUGCUAUUCUAGUAUAAGCACUCGUCCUCGAGGAGUCAUUCCUAAGGCAUUAACAUCACUCACCUGUUUCUGAGCUUCCCUGACCACUAUGCACACCUCAUUCUUCACCAGACUCGCUGCGCUUGCUGCACUUGCCUCUGUUGUUGUUGCACUCCCUUCUGAUUGUACCCGCAAGAUAACAAUUAAAGCUGGAGAGACAUGUGCCACAAUCUCCGCUACACACGAAGUCUCGACAUACCAGCUGAUGAAAGUGAACACCGGCAUCAUUAACACCGCUUGUGAUCUGCAUGUCGGAGAAGAAUUAUGCCUUGGAAUUAAAGACAAAGACUGCGUUGACAUCCACGUCGUGAAGACCCACGAGGAUUGCACCGAAAUUGCCAAAGAAGCUGGUAUCCCGCUGUCCACAUUGUAUGCGAACAACCCAAACGUAAAGAAGGGCUGCAGUAAUCUAUAUGCCAACGAGGUUCUCUGCACUUCGAAGCAAAUUUACUCCUACUAGGUGGUGUGUACCAAGAGUUCGUGUUUUAAUUGCAGUACGCGCAAUUCUACACGGAAUCCUCAAGUAUGUUGCAUAUGUCCUCCCCGACAUAUCGCACAUGAAUUAGUUCUCGUGCCAUGACCGAAUUUGUAGUAGUAUUCAACACUUGUUUUGCAAUGCAAUCCUUGUUCCAACA